AUGGAUUCCAUUUCUCCCAUCCAAACGCCUUCGACGAGUAAUGCUUCAUCACUCUCACCUACUUCCGAUCAUGUGCCUGAGAAACAAGGUGAAAGACAGCCGGCGAUCGUUCCGGAACAUCAAAAGGAUCGGAUCACCGUCCCAUCAGCAUGCGUCGCUUGUCGCUCUAAGCACCUCAAAUGCGACGGCCUAAGCCCAUGUUCGAGAUGCUCUGCUAAUGAAUAUGAAUACCUUCGCCAAAAAUGUAUUGAAGCAUUCUUCUUUCAUUUUUGGCCCGCACACCCCUUUGUUCUCCCGAGAGAUAAUCUGCUCAGAUUAUUGAAGGAGAAAAAACAAUUGGAGCAUUUAGAAGCUGCUAUGAGAUAUGUGGGUUCUUUCUACAUAGAUCAAGCACCCACCACGGCACUAUGUCUAGAAGCCGAACGAGCGAUUUAUCGGGCAGAUUGUCCCAAGGACGCAUUCAAAGUUCAAGCAAUGCUUAUUUUUUGUAUUGGACUUGAUGGUUACACAUACCAGGAGAAGGCUUUACAAGUUCUUACCGAUACUCAAGAUUUGGCAUUACAACUAGGGAUGAACAAGAGGGACUUCGCUUCUAUACACGGGAAUGGUUGGCCCAGUAUGGAAGAGAGCUUGCGUCGUACUUGGUGGGAAAUGUUCGUGGUGGAUGGAAUGAUCGCUGGUGUUCAUCAAAAGAGUUUCUUUCCCAUGAAAGAUAUACCUGCAGAAGUUGGACUUCCAUGCGAAGAGUACGAAUACAUUAGUGGAAAUAUUCCGGUCCCUCAUUCCCUUUCGGACUUUGAUGAUGAGGAUUUCGAGCACCGUGAUUUCAGUUACUCCUCUUUCACAUAUCGUAUCUCUGCAAUCCGCAAUUUGGGUCGAUUGUUGACUGGGCGUCAAAUGAACCCUCACCCUGACAGUUCGGCCGUCGAUCGUCUUGAUGCAUAUCUUGUAAACUUCCGUUUACAUCUCCCAGAGAACAAGAGACAACUCGUCAGUGGUGAUGGCAAGCUCGAUGAAAUGCUUUUCCAAGCAAACAUGAUAACCGAAGCCACAACUAUCGUUCUUCACCGCGAACUCUCCGAACUAGACAGCAGCAUCACCACCCCAAUAACCUCCUGCGCCCCACACCACCCUAUCAUCCCAGGCUCUAACUACAACAUUCAUGCCUCCAAAACCAUCACCGCCGCCCAAUCCAUUUCCAAAUUAAUUACCCUCCCCAUCCCCUUAAUCCGGCACACCCAUUUCUUCACCUGCGUCGUAACGCUCGCCUCGGUCGUCCAUCUCUCUUGCUGGUCAGUUCUCUAUCCUCUUCUCAACGACGAUGAUCUCAAACAACAAUUGAAAUUGAAUACCGGGGCGUUAAAAACUCUAUGGCAAGUAUGGCCUAGUGCCGGUCGUGCAUUUGGUCAGGUAAAAGGAGUAGCGAGUGAGAUUUGGCAGAGGAAGAAGGAGGUUGUGGAGAGAGGGUGGUGGGGUGAGGUGGGCGAGGAAGUCUUUAUUAGGAAUAUGCAGGAGGAACGGGGGUAUUUGGAGGAAUUACAGUUACUUGAUGCUCCUGUUCCGCAAGGAUUACAAUUACUUGAUGCUCCUCCUGUACCGCAGGGAUUUUAA